AUGAGGGCAUAUAGAGAAGCUAACCUCAACUCAUCUUCGUUCACCUUUCUUGAAAAAAGUUGCAGGACCUUACUGAGAACUUCUAAGCAGGUUUUCGAACAUAUUUCGGCGAUAAAGAUGUCGUACGUUGCCCGCAAAGGACCCGCCGUUUACUCUGCGCUCAGCAAAUGGGCCUAUAAUAUGGCUGGUUUCAACCAGUACGGCCUCCACCGAGAUGAUUGCCUGUAUGAAAACGAGGAUGUAAAGGAGGCGAUCCGUCGUUUGCCGGAGAAACUGAAGGACGAACGCAAUUACCGCAUUACGCGCGCCCUCCACCUGUCAAUGACGAAAACUAUCCUGCCGAAAGAGCAGUGGACAAAGUACGAAGAAGACACCAAAUAUCUGGAACCUUAUCUGCAGGAAGUGGAACGGGAGCGCGAUGAAAAGUUGAAGUGGGAAUCGAACAAGUAAAUCACAAUGCAAUUCAGCUUAUACGCGCUGCUGUGAGACCGUACCUAGUUGAAGACGGUUGCUAACACCUUCCCGGGGUGCAGUUGUUCUACAAUCCGGGAUCUACCACGGCAAUAGUGUAUUUGUGUGAAAUAUUAGGAAUAAAUCCAGUA